AUGUCUACAUACGUUUCAAUAAUUGAUGCAGGCCAUCGCGAGUACCUUAGACGAGAAAAGCGCCUAGGUAUAUUUUGCAAUUCACUAUCUCAAAUAUCAGAAGUUCGCUCUUCAAAAGAUCCUAUCACAAAUGAUCUUCUUAAAGGAGUUAACAGCAUUUGGUUUAUGGGUCCUCGCAACGACCUCAAUAAGGAUGAAGCAUCUGUCCUUCAGUCUUUCCUCAAAAACGGUGGAAACGUAAUCAUUGCUGGUGCUGAGAACUUCCCAUCAGGAUUCAACGCUUUUAUCAGCCAAUACGGUGUUAAAGUUACUGAACCUGUUAUUUCUCCAGUAUACAUUAACUACAUUGAUCCUCAUCAAGUCAGUAUUCAACACGGUAUUCUCAACCAUGCAAUUACAGAAUUCAUUAAGGAUGACAAAGCCUCAUUUGCUUUUCCAAAUGGUUGCAUUCUUGAGGUAAAUCGUCCAUCUGUUCCAAUCAUUUCUUCCGGUUUAUCAGCUUAUCCAUUAAACUGCCCAGUAAUUUCAUUCACAUCCGUAGAAAAAGGUACUCUUACAGUUAUCGGCUCUCCACUUAUGUUUGGCGACGAAUGGUUCCGUAAAGAACAAAACGAGCAAUUAUUUAAUUUCUUAAUACAACUUAUCCUCGUCAGAAGCACACAACUCAACAAGAUUGAUGCCGACAACCCAGAAGUUACAGAAAGAUGGUUUACUCCUGAUACAAUUAGUAUGUCUGAACGCCUUAGGCCUUGCAUACAAGAAUCAGAGAAAUUGAAGCCUAAUCUUAUUGAUAACUUCGAUAAGGCUAAAUUUAGCAUGGAUAUGAGAUUUGUUGCUGAUAUUGCAAAUCUUGCUAAUACAUUAGGAGUUAAGAACGAACAAUUGGACAUUGUUACACCAGUUUUCGAUGUUGCAUUACCUCCUCGUACACCAGCUGUUUUCCCUCCACAGAUGAAAGAGCCAGAGCCACCUGUCCUCGAACUUUUCGACUUAAACGAAAUAUUCGCGUCUAAAACAGCAAGACUUGCUAUGCUUGCACAAAAGACGCCACCAAAGAACAUCGAAAAGUUCAUUAUGCAGGCUGCAAAGAUAUUAAACGUCGGACAGAAAUUUCCACAGAACUAUUCUGCAAAGGACGUCUUAGAAUAUGUAUUUAAGUACGUUGUUAGAUGUAAGAGACAAGCUCAAGAUUAA